UUUUGAUAUGACAUAAUUGCAGGGAGCAGUCAAAUAUGGUUGAGUUAGUUGUUCAGAGGGUGUUGAGAGAACUAGAUAGCACCCCCUUGGAUGAAUGUAAACACCCUAUUGGAAUAGAUUCUCAUGUAGAUAAACUACUUCCUUUAUUACAUGUUGGUUCCGAAGAUGUACGAUUUGAGGCAAUAUGUGGCAUGGGUGGCCUCGGAAAGACAACUAUCGCAAAAGCUGUCUAUAAUCGCAUCUUUCGAAGCUUUAAUGGGAGUUGCUUUCUUACAGAUGUAAGAGAAGAAGCAUCACAAGGGAAUAAAGGUUUAGUUUCUUUGCAAAAACGACUUCUUCAAGAUAUCUUCAAAAGGAACUACGGCAUAAGCAGUGUUUCUAGAGGGUCAAAAUUGAUAUCAGAAAGACUUCAUAGAGAAAAUAUUCUUCUCAUUCUUGAUGAUGUGGACGAUCAUGAUCAACUUGAUGCAUUGGCUGGUGGGAUCUUUUGGUUUGGUCAAGGAAGUAGGGUCAUCAUAACAACUAGAGAUGAUCAUAAUUUGAAUGUACAUAAAGUUAAGAAAGGUAUUCAAAUAUACAAGCCUGAAGAACUGAAUUUUGGGAAUUCUCUUCAACUCUUUAGUUUGCAUGCCUUUUCAAAUAACGAACCUCCUGAAAAUUAUAAGCAGUUUUCACAUGAAGUCGUACGCUAUGCUGGAGGGUUACCCCUAACUCUAGAGGUGUUGGGUUCUUUUCUAAUAGACAAAAAUGAAGAAGAAUGGGAAGACACAUUAGAAAGAUUGAAAGACAUUCUUGAUGAUAAGGUCUUUGGAAAAUCAAUAAAAAGCUAUGAUGACAAGGUCUUUGGAAAGUUGAUGAUAAGUUACAAUAAACUAGGUGAUCCUGAGAAAACCAUAUUUCUUGAUGUUGCUUGCCAUUUCAUUGGAUGGGAAGUAGAAGAAGCAAUUUCCUUAUGGGAAGCCUGUGAGUUGCAACCAAGAUUAGCAAUAAAAGAACUUAUUCAAAAACACCUCCUAAAGAUUGAUGCUUAUGGGAAAUUGAGAAUGCAUGAUCAACUUCAAUAUAUGGGCAGGAGAAUUGUCUUGAAAGACAGCUAUGGGGACCCCGCCAAACGUUGUAGGUUGUGUUCUCAAGAUGAGAUCUUGAAAGUGUUAAAAAAAAACAUGGGAACUCAAAUGGUUGAAGGUAUCCUCAUUGAUUCAAACUUUGAAUUUGAAGCCAAUGAUGUUUUGAGCUGUGAAGACUUUGAGAAGAUGUCCAAUUUAAGAUUUCUCCAAAUUUACGGAAUUGACAACCUUGGAGGGGACUUUUUGCAUCUUCCUUCUACAUUAAGAUGGUUCCGUUGGAACUAUUGCCCUUUGAAAAUUCUACCAGCCAAAUUUUAUCAUGAGGAAGUAGUUCAUCUUGACUUAUCAAAUAGUUAUAUCAAAGUAGCUUGGAAUGAUGCACCUCAAAAUAAAAAUAAGCGGUUCCAAAAGUUAAAGGUUCUUAUUCUCUGUUACUCUGAGCAUCUCUCUAGCCCUCCCAACUUUUCAUGGUUUCCAUGCUUACAAAGAUUGGAUCUUAGGGGCUGCAGAUCACUUUUGAAAGUCCCAGAUAGCAUUUGUCAGAUUGUUUCUCUCAAAAUUCUUCUUCUCAGUGAUUGUUACUCAAUCACCAAGUUGCCUACGUCUAUUGGUGAACUAAAACAUUUAGCUAUGCUUUGCUUGAGUGGGACAAGACUUGAAGAACUGCCUGAUGGUGUAGGACAGUUAGAGAAGCUUGAGGAAUUAGAUGUUUCAGGUUGCCGUACACUAGUGAAGCUACCAACAUCAAUGGGAAGAAUGAGGAGUUUGCAUCACUUCUAUCUAGAAAAUACUAUGGUUGGGAAAUUACCAGAUGAUUUUUCAAAGCUCUCGAGCUUAGAGGUGUUAAGAAUAGGCAUGCCUGAGCCUGCACGAUAUCAGUGGGAGGAAGAUGAUCAGAAACACUACCUGAGGCUUCAAUUACUCUCAAUCAGCAUGAGUGGUUUUCCUCAGCUUCAGGAGCUACAUUUAGUAGGUUUUAUGAGCCUCUCUCUACCAGAUCUUCCCUCAACUUUAACCCGCCUGCAAGUUAAGUACUGCAGUCCACUGCAGAAAAUUCCAGAUCUAUCAAACCUUGACAGGUUGAAGGAAUUAUCAAUUGAAAAAUGCAAAGAUCUUAUAUACCUCCCAGAGCUUCCCUUGAAUUUAACCCACCUUACUGUUCAUUCUUGCUCAUCAUUGGCAUGUUUAUCAGAUUUGUCAAACCUUGAAAGGUUGAAGGAAUUAUCAAUUGAUGAAUGCAUAGGUCUUAAAUACCUUCCAGAGCUUCCCUUGAAUUUAACCCAUCUUACUAUUCGUUCUUGCCCAUCAUUGGCAAGAUUAUCAGAUUUAUCAAACCUGAAAAUUUUGAGGGAUUUAGACAUUGGAAAUUGCAAAAAUUUAGAGGAAAUUCAGGGCCUUGAAGGAACAAAAUCCUUGGAACAGUUGAAAGCAUGGGGUUGCUACAAAAUAACAGAGACAACGAGGAAGAUACAUGGGCAGGGAAGACUUUUACAUAAUGUGAAGGGUAUGGAAGAAGAUCAAUCCAUCUUUAAGACCUCUACUAAGGGAACUGUGCUCUGCAAAAGAACUUCUGUUGAUGAUAAGUUUUGUAAUGGGUCACCAAUUUUGUGUGUUGUUUUUGCCUUUAGACAGUUAGCAUCUGGUACUAGGUUGGAUCGAUCGGAGAUUCAGGCCGGUGAUCUAGUAUCCAUCACUCUUCGAAUUGAUGCAUUCAUCCGUUGGAGAGAAAAAAGGACAUGGUGUUGCCAUUCUAUUAGAAUUGAGGACAUGGAAUUAACUUAUCGAGAUGACAUAAUCUACAUCCACCAUUUCGAAGGGUUCGAUUGGUUUGGGUUUCCAUUGGAAAGCAAAUAUGCUAUUGAGGAACUAAGUGUAGAGAUAGAGAGAUUCGGGGACUUAGAACCUGAGCACAGUGAUAUUAGAUGGACCUGCGAAGUGGAAUUCUGUAAGCUCUUGUUUGAAAACGAAAAGUCACGCCAGCAAAUGUCUAACCAACAAUCCAGUGCCAUGAUGGUAGAAGAUUUCUUCAGAUGGUCACAAUAUGACAAUGAUGAGAGAGUGGUUUUUCAAGCUGGCAAUGAUGAAGAAUAUGAAUUGAGUGAGGCUUAUUCGCCAGAGAGGGUGUUGAGGGCUAGAGCGAAAGCUUGUCUUGACAAGGAUGAUGAGGCAGCUGGCUCAGGGAAAUGCAAUUGUUUUGGCGCAGUGAAAGCUGUUUGGAGGAGGAAGAGGGAGUGUUACAUGCCACGUAGCUCAAAGUAUUCUUUCAAUUCCCAUCCCUCUUUUUUGACGUAG